AUGAGUACGCUUACCGAAGCACCUAAGCCCGCGGGGCUGUUGCUAUUGGCGUUUCAAGUGAAGGGCAAACACUGCCUUGUCAUCGGUGGUGGCAAUGUCGCCCUUUCUCGUGUUGAGCACCUCAUUCGUGCCAAUGCCAAAAUCACCGUGAUUACCGGCGGCGGUAACGUGUGCCAGGAGAUGAAAGACUACGCGGCUAAUGGCAAGAUCCACAAAUUGGUGGAGCGGGAGUUUAAGCUGACUGACUUGACCAUGUACGAGAAUGUCAACAAGUUCAGCGACGUCGACCAAAUCAGCGACGCGGCGUCGUUCGACCUCAUCAAGUCACUGGUGUACAACGAGAUCUUCGCUAUCGUCUGCUGCUGCAUCGACAACUACGCGUUGCUGGAGAAGAUCUACUAUCAGUGCAAGUACUUGCGGCUCCCGGUGAACAUUGCCGACAAGCCGCCGCUCUGUGACUUCUACUUUGGUCUGAUGUACAACCAGGAGAACCUUCAGAUCAUGGUGCUGACCAACGGCAAACUGCCGCGGUUAUCGCGGAUAGUCAAGGACAACAUUGCCAAGGAGUUUGAUGGCAUUGACUUGAAUAAAGCGGUGGAAAACUUGGGCCUUAUCCGGCUGAGGUUGCGUAACUUGAUCCCCAUUGAUGAUGACGAUGUGCUCAACAUCGAUACGCGUAUGAACUGGAUCAAGACGUUGACCGAUUUCUUCACCCUCAAGCAAUGGCUGGAGCUUGAGCUUAUACCUCCCAGCUCGGCGCCUCCCUACGACAACCGUCACAAGUACAUUGACAAUAUCAUCAAAUACUUCCCUGAUUACCCUCCUUCGGACUUUGAGGAGUUUAAGCUGGUGGUGAUCUGCGACUAA